AUGCUCAACCGAGCGGGCGAGAAUCCAGCUGGGUUCAAUUUGGGCGUUGACAAGGGCGCCGCUCUGCGCAUCCUCAGCGCACAGGAUGAAAAUAACCCCACACGCCAAGCAUUGGCUGCCAACCGUGUCAAUCGUACGACCAUACAGUCUUACCGGAAGCUCCUAAUGUGGAGUCCAGCUCCGAUCUAUAGGCAUCUGGCUGUGCCGAUGAUGUUUGUGGUGCCGGAGUUGGAUCAGCUCAUCUCUGCUGCAAGACAGCAGGAGACGUUCGAGAAUCUCCCGGGAACCAUGAACCAACUCCACGUGGAACACGGAGUAGGCCACAUGGAUGUUCUCGAGGGAGAGCAGUUGCCGGAUCUGAUGAAGCGGAAGUUGCUGUUCAUCCAGAGGGUUGUAGUCUUCAUGAAAAUGGACCUGGUCCCUUCUCACCCAGAGUCAAGCCCGAGCUCCCCAACCCCGACCUCAGAUCGAUCGUUUUUGCAAACAUUUACCAUUCUGACUGCCCUAUGUGCAGGAGUAUUUGUGGCUGCUCUUGAUGUCACUAUUAUUACGACAGCCUUGCCGUCGAUUGCCGCACAUUUUGAGUCUAGUUCCGCCUACACAUGGAUCGGCAGUUCCUACAUUCUGGCCAACACGGCCACCAUACCCGCCUGGGGUAAGAUUUCGGAUAUCUGGGGCCGAAAGCCGUUGCUACUAGUGGCAACGGUAAUUUUUUUCAGCGGAAGUUUGAUAUGCGCAGUCGGAAAUACGAUCGCACUAUUCCUGUUUGGUCGGGCCGUCCAGGGGCUAGGAGCGGCCGGUCUGAUCACCCUCGUAAAUAUUUGUAUCAGUGACUUGUUCUCUCUCAGAGACCGUGGGCUGUAUUUUGGCCUCAUUUCUGUCGUAUGGGCCCUCGCCAGUGGAGUAGGUCCAGUCCUCGGUGGGGUGUUUACUGAAAAAGCAAGGUGUGUACUAUCAUAUUCCAUUUCAGCCUUUCAUAUCCCUGCCAACUCACGGUUUCAAACUAUGUACGUAUGCACAGUUUCGAUGUUUUCCUAUUUUCAUGCCAAAGGAAGGGGCCGCUGGCUUCUUUUAUUGAAUCCACCUAUAUCUUACAUGUUACAUUUCAUAUCGCUCACUUGUUCUAGUUGGCGCUGGUGCUUUUGGGUCAAUCUCCCAGUCAUUGGACUAGUCUUCUUGUUAUUAUGGCUUACUCUCAAGCUUGAAUCACCCGAUACCCCAAUAUGGAGUGGCCUGAAGGCUGUCGACUGGACGGGAUGCUUGUUCGUCAUCGGUAGCACCAUCAUGCUUUUGUUAGGUCUCGACUUUGGGGGUGUCUCGCAUCCUUGGAACUCCGCCACAGUGAUAUGUCUCAUCGUCUUUGCCGGUGUGCUUCUAGGUCUGUUCGUUGUCAACGAAUGGAAACUGGUGAAGUACCCCGUCAUUCCACUAGUCCUAUUCCAUGAUCGCUCCGGUAUCGCUUCUUUCCUGGUCUGUUUUUGCCAUGGCUACGUCUUUAUGGGCGAAGCAUAUUAUCUCCCGCUAUACUUCCAGGCGGUCCUCGGCUCUAGUCCGAUUAUGUCCGGGGUUUACAUCCUUCCGUUUGUCUUGGCUCUCACCGUUUCAGCUGCAUUAACUGGACUCUUUAUUCAAAAGACAGGAGUAUAUGUCCCAGCGAUGUGGUUGGGGCUAGUUGCUAUGACGUUGGGGGUGGGUUUGCUGAUCAACCUCGAGGUUACCGCCAACUGGGGCAAAAUCAUGGGUUUCCAGGUCAUUGCCGGCACCGGCAUCGGUCUGAAUUUUGAGGGCCCAUUGUUGGCUCUCCAAGCAAUUGUUGGGGCUGAGAAUACAGCAACCGCCACUGCGACCAUUGGAUUCGUACGGACCCUGUCCACCGCGAUCUCGGUCGUCAUCGGAACCGUCGUGUUCCAGAAUCAGAUGGCAAGAAAAGGAUCCCAAUUGGUCUCCACUCUAGGCAAGCAACUAGCCAGUCAAGUCUCAAGAGGCGCAAUGGCUAAUAUCGAGGUCAUCGAUACACUCUCCCUGGAUCAAAAGCUCGUGGCACGACAGGCCAUUUACGAGUCAUUGCAAACGGUCUGGAUUAUGUAUGUUGCAUUUGCAGCUGUGGGGCUAGUAGCAGGGGCAUUCGUUGAGGGCCAUCAUCUGGACACAGAGCACAAGGCACCAGUGCUCGGUUUACGAGAUGAUAAUGAAGGCUGA